AAAGAUAUUCAUUAACUAUCACCUAUAAAACAACCCAAUCCAACUUAUCAAAUUGAUAUGUAUUAUUUUAAAGUUUGAAAUGCAAUGUAUUGCCACGUGGAGAAAAAAAUCCAAUUGGGCAAGUAAGUGUAGUUCUUAAGCCUACUCAAUCUGCCGCAUGGCCAUAACCAUUUAGCCACGUUGUAAAUCAAUUCCCAAACACUAUGGAGUAAAGUGGCCACCUAGAAAUUCCACCUUAUUAUAUCUACUACUCCAUUUCUUUUUAUUUAUCCGAUUAAAUUUGAAUUUGCGUAAAACUCUCUAUACAUAUUCCUUAGCUGCUGCUCCGAAAGAAACUAAAAAAAGAACACUUCCAAAACUUGUUACAUUUUUCUUCUUUUCUUCCUAAAUGGAUUGGAUCAGAGGUCAUACCAUAGGCCGCGGCUCCUCUGCUGCUGUCUCCGCGGCUAAAUCAAUUUUGUCCGGUGAGGUUUUUGCUGUUAAGUCAGUGGAGCUAUCAAAGUCACAGUUAUUGCAAAAGGAGCAGAAAAUUCUGUCCCAAUUGAGCUCCCCUUAUGUAGUUAAGUACAUGGGGUAUGAUGUUACCAAAGAGAAGGAUAAACUCAUGUUUAAUGUUAGGAUGGAGUAUAUGCCGGACGGUACACUUUCCGAUGAAAUUCGAAAACAGAGUGGCCGGAUGAACGAACGGUUGAUCGGGUAUUAUACGAAGCAAAUGGUACAAGGAUUAGACUACUUACAUUCAAGAGGCAUAGCACACUGUGACAUAAAGGGGCAAAACAUUUUAUUAGGUGAAUCCGGUGCCAAAAUUGCUGAUUUUGGAUGUGCCAGGUGGAUUCAUCCGGCAGAGCCAAUUGGAGGAACGCCGAUGUUCAUGGCACCGGAGGUGGCGCGUGGGGAAGAACAGGGGUGUGCAGCAGAUAUUUGGGGAUUGGGAUGUACAAUUAUCGAAAUGGCUACUGGUGGAUCGCCAUGGAAUAAUGUGACAAACGCAGCUUCAUUACUUUACAAAAUUGCAUUUUCAGAGCAAUCCCCUGAAAUACCUAAAUUCCUGUCCUUACAAGCAAGGGAUUUCUUAAGCAAAUGCUUAACAAGAGAUCCAAAAGAAAGAUGGACAGCUAAACAACUCCUCAAACAUCCAUUUCUUGAAGAAUUAAACUUGAAUUCUACGUCAACAAAUCAAAAUUUCGUGACGAAGUCACCAACAAGCAUUCUUGAUCAAGACAUAUGGAAUUCAGAAACGAUGUAUUCCACAAUAUUACAAGAAGUUAGCUCUCCUCUGCAAAGAUUAAGAGAUUUGAGUUCAAAUUCAGGAGAAUGUAAUUGGAGAUGGAAUGAUGACGAGAUGUGGAUCACAGUUAGAAGCAGCAAUAAUGAAUAACUCAUGGAGCAAUGAUCUUGCUGUAAAUUUUUGUUCUGUUCUAAUUACUUACAGUAAUAUUCAGUGUACAGAUCCGAUAGUAACCAAAAAUCCCAGAUACUUGCAGCAAUAUUAAAAAGAUUUUCUAUUGUUUCCGGCCAA